AUCUGCACACUGCAGAUCGAAGAAGCGUCAGGGACGGUGCUGCCAACGCAACAGAGUUGUGACGCUGCAGUUACCCAGAAUACAGUUCGGCAUCAUGGCGGACACAAGGGAGAAGGCACUGCAAGACUACAGGAAAAAAUUACUCGAACACAAAGAAAUUGACGGGCGGUUAAAAGAAUUGCGAGAACAACUGAGAGAACAAACUAAACAGUACGAGAAAUCAGAAAAUGACUUGAAGGCUCUGCAAAGUGUUGGUCAGAUUGUUGGAGAGGUGCUCAAACAGCUGACUGAGGAGAAAUUCAUUGUCAAGGCCACCAACGGCCCCAGAUAUGUGGUUGGAUGCCGCAGACAGUUGGACAAGUCCCAGCUGAAGCCAGGCACCAGAGUGGCUUUGGACAUGACCACACUCACUAUAAUGAGGUACCUGCCCAGAGAGGUGGACCCUUUGGUCUACAACAUGUCCCAUGAGGACCCUGGCAGCGUCUCCUACUCUGAGAUUGGAGGCUUGUCUGAACAGAUCCGUGAGCUGAGAGAGGUGAUUGAGCUGCCUCUAACCAACCCUGAGCUAUUCCUGAGAGUGGGCAUCAUCCCCCCUAAAGGCUGCCUGCUCUACGGGCCUCCAGGUACUGGGAAGACUCUUCUUGCCAGGGCAGUGGCCAGUCAGCUGGACUGCAACUUCCUCAAGGUGGUGUCCAGCUCUAUUGUGGACAAGUACAUCGGUGAGAGCGCCAGGCUGAUCAGAGAGAUGUUUAACUAUGCCAGAGACCACCAGCCCUGCAUCAUCUUUAUGGAUGAGAUUGAUGCCAUUGGCGGCCGUCGCUUCUCUGAGGGAACUUCUGCUGACCGAGAGAUCCAGAGGACUUUGAUGGAGCUGCUGAACCAGAUGGAUGGCUUUGACACGCUGCAUAGAGUCAAGAUGAUCAUGGCCACCAACAGACCUGACACUCUUGACCCGGCCUUGCUGCGUCCCGGCAGACUGGAUCGUAAAAUCCACAUCGAACUGCCCAAUGAACAGGCUCGUCUGGACAUCCUCAAAAUUCACUCCAGUCCCAUCACCAAGCAUGGAGAAAUAGAUUAUGAAGCCAUUGUGAAGCUGUCGGACGGUUUCAACGGCGCUGAUCUGAGAAAUGUUUGCACAGAAGCAGGUUUGUUUGCCAUCCGCGCUGACCGCGAGUACGUCACUCAGGAGGAUUUCAUGAAAGCCGUGCGGAAGGUGGCGGAUUCAAAGAAGCUCGAGUCCAAGCUGGACUACAAGCCUAUAUAAGCCCUAUUCCCAUAUUUUUCAUUGCAUUUUCAUGUUCCUUGUCCUCCAGUUGCCACUGGUUAGUGUGACUUGCCUUUUAUUAAACACUGCAUCAUAAAGGCUGAUCAUUCUGCCAUCCCACAGAACACGAUCAAAUAACUUGUACUGAAAAUACACCAUUAUAUGGAAAAUUAUGUUUUCUUUUCAAUUUAUCAUUAUUAUUUCCUCAUUACCUUCUAGUGAGCGUGAUGGACAUUCACAUCUCACUGUCUGCAUUGUCCAAAACUCAUUAAAAGGGACACUUUCUCCCAAUAUCAAA